UGGUAUAAGGAUCUGAAUUUAUUCGUCUUAUAUUCCUGUUUUUGCUCUCUAACUGUCUUCGUCUGAAUUGACAUACUCUAUCUCCCCCCUCUACUCAUCGCAAUCAAUUAUACCACGCGGUUCUUUUACUUCGUACGCCGGUUUGGCUCGUACUUGCCCGAUACUAAAUUUCCAUCAUACCUCUCAUCGCCAGUAGCCAGCCUUGUUCACAUCAAAAUACACGUCCCUGUCCCAGCUAGCCUCCUUUUGGACUUUCGCUUCCGCUUCCACUGCUCCAUACUAGGACAUAUCAACCUCCCCAGUUGGUGCACUGACGCUGAACACGCCCAUACCGGCAGCAUCAACUACCACAUCGACGGCUCAGGGCCAACAUUGGAAAGCCCGGUGAACAAGCGGCUGGCAUCGACAUCGACAACGAUAACCCCAACAUCUGCGUUGACGGAGUUAACAUGGGCGGGGGAGAGUUUCGUCAAGGCAUGGGCAGCCCGUCCUUCGGCCCCAGAAACGCCAUCGGCAGCGAUAACCCCGGAGUCCGCAUUGACAGAGCUGGCAGCGUCAGAAUACACAUCAGCACAGACCCCAAAGGCACUGACGCCCAGUCCCUCCGCGUUGAAAAAGCCGACAGCAUUGAACGCCCACGUCAAUCCCCAAGCCCACGGUCCUUUCCAUCCGAGCCCCGUUCAACAAACCAAACCGAACAACUGAAGCGAAAUGAGAAAAUGGGCCCUGGCCUUGAUAGAGUCGACAAUAUCAGACCUCCACUUCCUCCACGUCCUCUACACUCGCGGCCCUUUUCACCCGAGCCGAAACAAAGAAAGAAGAUGAGUUCUGACAUUGGCUAUAUCUGGCCAAAAGACCCGAGACCAGGGAACCCCAGCCGAUGGUCCCCCUGGCAGCGCUUUACCGACGUGAUGACGGGAAAGGGACCGGAUAUAUAUGUUGGAAGAAUCCGCCCCCGUGCUAGCCACCAUGACCAUGGACAUACUUUGCACAGGGGAGGAAACCUCUGGGGCGGGCGGGAUUGGGAGCGGAGAUCCAGAACUGGGUGGUCGUUGUGGGACAACGAUCAUGUCAAGUGCUGCACGAAGCCGCAUUGUCCGGAUUGCUAUUACGUUCGCAAGCGGGAGAAGAGGGACAACCUUCUGUUUGGGGCGAGACGUGAUCUGGAGGAGAGGUACGACUUUCGCACGAGGAGAUAUCAGGUUCCGGAUGAGGGAACUUGGUCGAGGGUGGAGUAUUGCGAUGAGCGGCGGCAUACGAUUCCUCUAUGUUACUGGGAUCGGUAUGGCCGCCCGUACCCGGCGGCGCAUCAACAUGAUGGGGUUUAUGGGGGUCGGUGUCGGAGAUUUCGGUACUAGAACCUUUUCCCCUUUAGUUUCAGAUCAGACACACGUCGCGUGAUAGGCCUCAAAUGUUGGCGUCUGAGGUUCUGUUUGUGAUUCAGUAGAUUUUGGGUA